UAGCGCCUAUGUCAUAGGGUUCUUGUGAAGAUUAAAUUAGUAUAUUAGAAGGACUAGCACAUUGUAAGUGUCAGCUGUGAUUUUGUUGUUUUCAUUGCUGUUUCGGGGAAUAUAGAGGAGGAAUACAUGUUGGUUGUGUUUAGAUGCUGGUGAGAGGUAUAACUUGAAAUGUACUCGGGCAGUUGAAUACAUUCAUUUAGAAUGAUUAGUUAUCUAUAAUAAAAGGCAUUCUAAUAAAAGGGAGAGUGAGCAAAACUUCUAACUCUAGUGUGUAUAGAUCGAUCCCUAUGUGACUUGGAAAGCGUGGAUCAGUCAGUGCCUAGGAUUUGAUGCACUUUAUACAGAGCUGUCAAAGUCGAGGGUUGCCAUCUUGUUUAUGACUCCAGUUGUCCAGAUUAAUAAUUUCAAUCAUUUUAUGGUUUAGAUUUUCUUUCUCUCUCUUUUUUUUAAAUGCUUUCUAGUGAGCCAAGACCUGGAUUUUGUCUGGAAAUCUGUCCUGCCUGCUUCUGCAAUUGGGCGCUAUGCAUCCAGAUCUUGGAUCCUUAGGAACAUUGCUAUAUGUUAUUCUUGUGAUUCUGUGUUCUUCUGUGAGUUCAGACUUGGUGCCUUAUUUUCUUUCUGAGCCACUCUCUGCUGUCCAGAAGCUUGGUAGACCUGUAGAGCUACACUGUUCUGCUAAACCCAUGACUGCUCACAUCUCAUGGAUGCAUAAUGGAAAAAUAUUGGAUGGAAACAUGGAACAGAUUAAGAUUCAUCAGGGGACGCUGACAAUUCUUUCUCUUAACCCAUCCCUUUCGGGUUACUACCAAUGCAUUGCCAACACUAGCACUGGUGCAAUUGUGAGUGGCCCUGCAACAGUAUCUACUGCAGUUCUUGGUGAUUUUGAUUCUUCAACAAAGCAUGUUAUUACAGCAGAAGAAAGAAGCACUGGUUUCAUUGGCUGCAGGGUACCAGAGAGUAAUCCUAAAGCUGAGGUGCGCUAUAAGAUCCGGGGAAAAUGGCUGAAACAUUCUACAGGGAAUUAUGUCAUCCUCCCAUCAGGAAAUCUUCAGAUUUUGAAUGUGUCCUCAGCAGACAAGGGAUCCUACAGAUGUGCUGUUUACAAUCCUGUCACCCAUGAAUUAAAAAUUGAGCCCACUGGCCGAAAGCUCCUUGUGAGUCGCCCUUCCUCAGAUGGUUUUCACAUUCUUCACCCUGCCCUUUCGCAGGCAUUAGCUGUUCUCCCUCAUAGCCCUGUAACCCUGGAGUGUGUGGUGAGUGGGGUCCCCGCCUCGCAAGUAUAUUGGCUGAAGGACGGGCAGGAUGCUGUGCUGGGAAGCAACUGGAGAAGGCUGGAUUCUCAUCUUGCCACAGCAAGCAUUGACCCUGCGGACUCUGGGAACUAUUCCUGUGUCGUGGGCAACAAGUCUGGAGAUGUAAAACAUGUCACUUACAUGGUUAAUGUACUCGAACAUGCUUCAAUUUCUAAAGGACUUCAGGAUCAGAAAGUGUCUCUGGGUGCCACAGUACAUUUUACCUGUGAUGUUCAUGGGAACCCAGCCCCCAACCUCACCUGGUUCCAUAAUGCACAGCAUAUUUGUCCUUCCCCGCGGCAUCUGACUACAGGAAAUGGGCUGAAAAUCACUGGGGUUACCAUGGAAGAUUCUGGGUUUUAUCAGUGUGUUGCAGAUAAUGGGAUUGGAUUUAUGCAGUCCACUGGGAGACUUCAAAUCGAAAAAGACAGUGGAUUCAAGCCAGUUAUAAUCACAGCACCCACAAGUGCUAAGGUGGUAGAUGGAGAUUUUGUUACUUUGUCCUGCAUUGCCACUGCAGUGCCAGUUCCAGUCAUUCGUUGGUAUGGCAGCCAUGGAUUGAUAACCAGCCAUCCGUCUCAAGUCCUUAGGUCUAAAUCCCGAAAGUCACACUUAUUAAGACCUGGAGGUCUAGACCUGGAGCCUGUCUACUUCAUCAUGUCCCGAGCUGGCUCAAGCUCUCUCUCGAUUCAGGCUGUCACUCAGGACCAUGCUGGGAAGUAUAUCUGCGAAGCUACAAAUAAGCAUGGCACCACACAGUCAGAAGCAUUUCUCACAGUUGUUCCUUUUGAAACAAAUACAAAUGCAGAAAUAGCCACUCCUUCUGAAUCUACUCAGAAUGAUGAAAGAGAUGGCUCAGAAUCUGCCUUGUUGAGCUCAUUUCCAGUGCCGGUAUAUUCCAGUGGAAUAGAAUCAUCAUCAGAGAAAAAUGCCAGUGGUGCCUCUGUUCCUGAUGCCCCCAUCAUACUGAGCCCCCCACAGACCCAUACACCAGACACGUACAACUUGGUGUGGAGGGCAGGAAAGGAUGGCGGACUGCCCAUCAAUGCCUAUUUUGUGAAGUACCGAAAGCUGGAGGAUGGUACUGGUGCAGUGGGAAGUUGGCACACGGUUCGAGUCCCAGGGAGUGAAAAUGAGCUGCAUCUAACUGAACUGGAGCCAUCAAGUCUUUAUGAAGUUCUGAUGGUGGCAAGAAGUACAGCAGGUGAAGGACAGCCUGCCAUGCUUACCUUCCGGACCAGCAAGGAAAAGACAGUAUCAUCAAAAAAUACCCAGGCAUCCUCUCCACCCAUGGGCGUCCCUAAACAUCCUGUUGUUUCAGAGGCUGCAAACAAUUUUGGAGUGGUGCUUACAGAUUCCUCUAGGCAUAGUGGAGUUCCAGAGGCCCCAGAUCGGCCCACUAUCUCCACUGCAUCAGAAACAUCAGUGUAUGUCACAUGGAUUCCCCGGGCAAAUGGUGGUUCUCCAAUCACUGCCUUCAAGGUUGAAUAUAAACGGAUGAGGACUAGUGACUGGCUGGUGGCAGCCGAAGAUAUCCCUCCUUCCAGACUCUCUGUGGAAGUUCGUAGUUUAGAACCAGGUUCAAUAUACAAAUUUAGAGUCAUUGCCAUCAACCAUUAUGGUGAGAGUUUUCGGAGUUCAGCAUCCCGUCCUUACCAAGUGGCUGGCUUCCCUAGUCGUUUCUCCAACCGUCCAAUAACUGGACCUCACAUUGCAUACACAGAGGCUGUCAGUGAUACUCAGAUCAUGCUAAAAUGGACGUAUAUUCCAUCAAGUAACAAUAACACUCCCAUUCAAGGAUUUUAUAUCUACUACCGACCAACAGAUAGUGACAAUGACAGUGACUACAAGAGGGAUGUUGUAGAAGGUUCAAAGCAGUGGCACAUGAUUGGUCACCUACAGCCAGAAACCUCCUAUGACAUCAAAAUGCAGUGUUUCAAUGAAGGAGGAGAGAGUGAGUUCAGCAACGUGAUGAUCUGCGAGACUAAAGUGAAACGAGUUCCUGGAGCUUCUGAGUAUCCUGUCAAGGACUUGAGUACACCUCCCAAUUCUUCAGGAAGUGGAGGGAAUGUUGGGCCUGCAACCAGCCCAGCCAGAAGCAGCGAUAUGUUAUACCUUAUUGUUGGCUGCGUGCUUGGUGUCAUGGUCCUCAUUCUUAUGGUUUUCAUUGCAAUGUGCUUGUGGAAGAGUCGCCAACAAAAUGCCAUACAGAAAUAUGACCCACCAGGAUAUCUUUACCAAGGGUCAGAAAUUAAUGGGCAGAUGGUGGAAUAUCCCACUCUCUCAGGAACAAACAGGAUCAAUGGGGGUGUUCAUGGAGGCUUUCUAGGCAAUGGCAGCCUCAGCAAUGGUUGCUCCCAUCUCCACCAUAAGGUCCCUAAUGGAAUCAAUGGAAUCCUAAAUGGGAGCUUAAAUGGAGGACUUUACUCUGUGCAUACGAACUCACUAACCAGAGCACAUGUGGAGUUUGAACAUCCUCACCAUCUAGUGAACGGUGGAGGAAGGUACACAGUAGUCCCUCAGAUUGACCCUCUGGAAUGCAUUAACUGUCGCAAUUGUCGGAACAACAAUAGGUGUUUCACCAAAACCAACAGCACUUUGAGCGGCAGUGCCCUUCCUGUGAUUCCAGUGGUAGCACCUCACCCUCAGGACGGUCUGGAAAUGAAGCCCCUCAGUGCCAUCAAGAUGCCUGUGUGUCUGGCUUCUGCAAUCCCUGAUUGUGGCCAGUUACCAGAGGAGAACAUCAAGGACAGCGUGGCAUCUACCCAGCAUACCUGCUGUCAGGAUGAUAUAAAUGACAUCAACUCUGAUUCCACGGAAGGUACAGCAGAGUUGAACAGAGGAGACAGAAGUGGCCAUUCAGACACAGAGAACAAAAUUUUAAGUUGGAAUCCUCUUGUUUUGUCACCUGUGUUAGAGGACUGUACUGAGAAGACAUCAUGGUCUCCUCCUGUCAUUCCUUUGGACAGCCCAUCAGGGGUCCUUCAGCAACCCCAGGAAACCUGAGGAUGUGCACAGGCCUAGUCAUGUUCCAUUGCAAGACUUCAUAGAACUUCACAGAACAGGCCUGGAGAUGAACUGUGUGAAUAACAUUAAUUCAAAUCAUAGAAAUUCAUUAUUUAUUUUUUGUAGUAGUAAUGUCAUGAAUGUAUCUUAAAAUGUGUGUCCUUUUAUAUUAUUUAUGCCUUAAAUUUUUCCUUCCCUAUUUCUUCCUUCCCUCUCAAUAGGAAACAACCUUGUUUUUCAUAGUUUUUAAUCGUCUGGAGAGUGGAGGGAUCAUUCCAUGUUUUCCAAAACCCUCAGUGACAGUAGGAACUCGUGCCAUGGGUCUGGUCUAUUGGCUGAUUCAGCUAGGA